AUUUCUCUCGCGUCUGUCCAGACAGGAGGGUGGAGUUUAAUGCCUCUCUUUCCGAACCGGACUACCGGACACUCCGCCUUUCUUCCCCCCGGUAACAGAGCUUCCUGUGCCGGAUUCCAGGGUCAGACGCUCAGCGGUAGCUCCGCACCGUGAGCUGAACAGCCAUGAACUAUCCGUCUGGACCAGAGUUUUUGUUUUUUUGAAAGGAGAACAAAGAAAAGACAACUCGACGUGGACUCAGUGAAAGCUGAGCUUCGUGCUCGUCACGUUGGUGAAAUUUACGACUUUUUUGUGCUUCAGGGAACUCAACAGUUGCCAUUUUUUGUGAGCAGCUGUGAACCGUUGCGGUCAGACUCCAGCCUUCCCAACGAGAGAAUCAAUCCCAUCAAGAGAAGUGACGCGUCAGUGUGCAACUUUUAGACUGAGUCACCGGCUGUUUCGACACAUUUCGGAGGAGGAUUAAUGACUUCUCUCUAUCUCUGGUGCCUGUUCCGCUUUGGCUUUGACUCACGGGCAGACUCACUCAUACACCCAGACAGACAGACAGACAGCCAGCCGCCUGCCUCCACGUCUGCCGGGCCCCGCGGCUGAACCGGGCCACCACCAGCUGGAUUUGCCCGGCCCCUGUCAGGUGAAAGGGGUGGCGCUGGGCGGAGUGCUUUGUUCGAAUAUCACCUGAGUGAGCGAGUGAGUGACUGAGUAGCCGGAGAUCCGCGCUGAGCUGGAGUCUGUAGCGGUUUAUUUCCCCAGCGGAGGGAUUUUUUUUGUUUACCACCUCACGGGCCCACGGUCAUAAGGACCCGUUAUGGACCGUAAUGUCAGAUCGCACUUUGUGGAGUUUUGACCCUUCGGACAGAAAAGUGGAAAGUGGGUCAAGAGUGGACUGGAGUGUUUAACUCUUUACUGACCGGUGGGAUAUAUCUGGGUCAUGGCGCUGUCUCAGAUCCAGUGUCUGGACGAUCACCACGUCAACUGGCGUGUGAGCGAGAGCAAACCGGAGUUCUUCUACAGUGAGGACCAACGGCUGGCGGUCGAGGCUCUCAUCACCAAAGGCCGCGAUGCCUUCACGGAAUACAUUCGUAAAUCUGGCGUCCGGGAGUUCCUCUCGGAACCGGAGCUGGAGCGGAUUGCACAGAGAGCCGAGGCAUACCGUCCUGGACACGAGCAUCAACAGAAACCGGAGACCCCAGGGCCGGGGAACAUCACCCCGGGGUCCGGGGAAGACGGCGGGGACGGUGAUGUGUCGCUGCAGUACUGGCCAGACCGGUCCGAGGCCUCAGUGGCGGAGCUAGACCUCGGCUGGCCCGAGGCCAUAUCAUACCGAGGGGUCACGCGCGUGAACGUGUACACCCAACCGCCGGUGGACGGACACACGCACAUCAAGGAGGUGGUGCGCAGGAGCAUUGCGUCAGCCCAGAAGGUGAUAGCCGUGGUGAUGGAUGUGUUUACAGAUGUGGAUAUUUUUCGAGACCUGCUGGAUGCUGCGUACAAACGCAGAGUUCCUGUGUACAUCAUUAUUGAUAUGGCUGCAGUCCCCUGCUUUCUUUCCAUGUGUGGCAGAGCUGAUAUGCACCGCGGACACCUAAAGAAUCUGCGUGUACGCUGCUGUGGUGGCGUCGAGUUCUUCACACGGUCAGCACAGAAAGUCCGUGGAUCACUGAGCCAGAAGUUCCUGCUGGUAGAUGGAGACAGAGCCAUCUCUGGUUCCUACAGCUUCACUUGGUCUUCGUCUCGUUUGGACCGUAACCUCAUCACUGUGAUCACGGGACAGGCAGUGGAGACCUUCGACCUGCAGUUUCGUGAGCUUUACCUCAUGUCCAGAAGUGUUUCUCUGAACAAGGUUCCCAUGGUAGAUGAACCAACCCCAGACCCGAUCCCACAGGCGGCUCCAGCUCUGGUGUCAACUGCUGUUGCCAGGAAGCUCAUCAAUCCCAAAUAUGCCCUUGUUGCCGCAGGAACCCACACAAGUCCCACUUCCUCUGACCAAAAUUCCACCAACAAAAACACCCAGAAUCCCACCGGGCUAAAAAUAAUGAAAGGACGUCCCAAGAAUGUUAUUGAAAUGCCACCCAUACAUCCAGGAUUAGCCAAUUUGGAAAAAGCAUAUCUGAUCCCGUACCUGCCCACCUGGCCAGAGCCAGACCCACCUAGCGACGUGAUUGGCUUUAUCAACAUCAGGGAUGAAAAGCGAGCCAAUCAGGUUCACCUACAGCGGUCAGAGAGGUUUGAGGUCAGCCAGGCAAUACGCUUCAGCUCACCACUGACGCUACCAGCACAGACUGAGGAACCUGCUUCUGGUCAGGAUGCAAACACUGCAGAAGCAGCGGAAAAUCCUUCUGGGAACGCAAGUCCAGAUGUGCCCACUCCUGUGAGUCCAAAACAGCAAACCCAGACAGCACCGAGUAAAGACCAAAAUGAUGCAACAGAUUCCAGAGAGCCCCCUCAGCAGCCAAACGCACCUGUAAAACAGAGAGACAUGCACAAACCGAAUGCACACUCUGCUACAUCGCCGUCCCAUGUUACUGCUGAUUCACAGCCAACAGAAAAUGCCAAACAAACUCCAGAGACUCCAGAAACUGCAGCCCCUCCUGUUCCUAAACGUCGCACACUGCAGUUAGUUAUAGACCCCGUCUCCCCAGAGGAGCCUGGCCAACCACAGGUCACUCUGAUGAAAAUGGACCAACUGGAAAGUCUAGAUGGCUUUACUGAAAAGAGAACCCAGGAGGAGCUGACGCCAGGCCGUGGCCGCAUAACGUCAGCAGACAAUGACAGGGACUCUGGCAGCAACGAUGACGGCAGCCAAGACAGCACCAAAGUCAUAUGUGACCGAGCUGUCAAUGACGAUCCUUCUACGUCCACAGGAUCAGAAGAGGAAUUUUAUGAUUGUUCCCAGCAAGAGCCAAGAGACCCGCUGACCAAUGGAGUGACCACAGGGUCAGGGCAUGGCAGGCAUCGCCAUCAGGGAGACGGGGUCAACAUGAUGGCCCGCCUCUCUCAGAGCAUGCUGGAUCUGCGGGAGCCCAAGCAGUCAGAGGACAGCGCUGCCCUGAUCCGCCAAUCCCAGCAGCUCCGCAGACAAGCACACCCAUCACCACAGAGGCACAUAGGACAGUUGUUCCAGACCUCAAGAUCUCCAGGUCGGGAUGUGCGACUGAGAGGAGCUAAAGUAGUCAUUGCCAAACCAGGAAGUUUUCACCGCCCCACUCGAGCAGCUGGUCCUGUGAUUGGUGGACACCGUUACUGGCAGAAUCAGAAAGUGCAACCUGAUUCGGCUCAGCUGUGUGCCGAGACGCGCUCCGGUCGGUCACCGCGACGCCACAGUCCAAGUUACAGGAAGACGGAUCAAGCCUCACCACAGCCGCCAGCCAACCCAUCAGGAUUACUAGGAGUAUCGUUCUCAAAACUGAGCAAUUUAAGACACUUGAGGGCACGCGGUGGCGUGCCGCAGAAGAAAGUGUCUCAAAAUAACAAGGCUUCGAGGUAGAACCAAUCCCGGGGCACAAGGAUGAUUGUUGACACAGACUUCCUGCUAAAAAACUGGUGAAUCCUCUCUGUCUCAUGCAUGCAUGUCAUUUCCUGUUUUCAAACCCUCAGGCUCAGCGUAAAGGAACUAUUUAAUGGGGAUCUUUGAAUAUGUCAACAGGUGUUGGCAAUUUGAUUGGAUAAUAUGUUUUAAGAGAUGAUGUAAUGUGUGUGUAAAAGAAUCACAUCACCUUCCAGGCUAAAGGCUUCUGAUUGGCUGUUUUUGGUAGUGUCUGACUGAUAACGAAUUCUAGAAGCAGAUAUCAGGGGAAAUAACUACAUAUCAUCUGAUAUUUGUAUGUAUACAAACCUAUUCAUGAACACACACUCUCUUAAGAAUGAAUCCCUCAAAUUUGUUUAUCAGAGAGUUUUGAAGAGUUGAGAGUUUUUGAAGAGCUUUAGACAUGGUUGUACCAAAUCUAAUCAGCGGUUCAGUCAGCUCAGCACUUCAGUAUCGUUAACAAUCUUUUGAACAUAUAUUCUCUAAAUUACCUCAACUGUUUUUCUCUUUCAGGAUUUUGUACCAUAUUGUUUUUCAGCCGAUUGUGCCCCGCUGUGCCCCCAGGGUCAGGUUUUAUGUUGAUACCACUGUGACUGGUUACUGAUGGUGCAAGGGUAGGGCUUCUGUGUUGACUGCUUUCACAUAUUGACAGAUGUAGCUGAUUACUUGUGCAUAUUGUGGUACAUAUGCAAUUUUAGAUACUGACAUUGGACCAAAGGGGAAUGUUCCAAAUAAAAGGACAGAUUGUUGAACUGAG